AUGUAUAUGUAUAACCAACAAAUAAGAAAAACCACAAUGGAGGGGCUAGAAGGUGUGACACGCGUACCCACAGUAAUCUUCAGAAAAGACAGGCAUCUGGCCUCUGCACUAGUCAUAAGUGAAAUCCAGUACAUGAUGACCCAUAGAACCAACCCAAAGGCCCUGAAAAGGGAACAUACCCAACUUUUGGACGAUCUAUCCAACAGGCACAUAAUUCACCCACAGUAUGCAUAUAGCUGGUUUAUGGACAACACCACUCGGUUAUACACCCACAACCACACCCCUGAAUUAAACAGCUUGUUAGCCAUUGCCACACGAGUGAUGGAAAUCAGUCUCGAGGACUACACGAACAUCAAGGCCACCUACCCUGUCUCAACAGUGCCGCUCUUGUCGGCAAUCUACAACAUAAAGACAGAAUUCGACAACCUCUUUGACACCAUAGUGUACAGCAGUGAGUUCAAGCAACCCUGGAGAUUGGGAGGCCUUAAAGGUUGUGCAUAUGGAAACUUACACAUGAUAGACAUUACGGCAACAGAGGCACUGAUCAUCACCCACUCUCAUCUCGCAGGGAUCAGGGACAUGUUCAAUUCCUGGUUUGAUGUACUUCUGUAUGCCCACAUCAACAAGAGCAAAUACGAAGGCUUCGACCUCUAUCAGGAGCACGCAUCCUCUGUACUCAAGAGUUGGCCCUCACUAGCCAUAGCCUCCACACUGCGCUGCCAGGAGCAAGACACUCGAUUUCUCGACAGUCUCGAAAAGGAUCUUGCUCCAAUCACACAUACUGAUCUCUACAAGUGGCUCACUCGGCCCUUGCCGACCACAGCAGCAGUUCAUUUGCAGCUGGAAAUGAGCGGAUUGUGGAAAUGCUUUGGUCACCCUAUCAUAGAUAUGGACCUAAGUGUGAAGAACUGGAUUCAAACUGGUGCAAUCUUAAAAACAGACCUGGAGCAGGCUGGCCAAAGGAUAAAGAGAAUGUUUUGUAUGACGUUCUGCAAGAACUUCUUCAAAGAGAAGCGCAAUUGGCCUCCUUUAUCUUACUCAAGACACACAUCCAGGCGGGUCAUCGACAACAUUAAGUCGAAUACAUGGAACGAGGAUCCUAGAUAUCCUUGGACCUCACAGGAAUUCCAAGGGAUAGAGUUGAAGGAGUGUUUAACCUUCGACAUGCAUGUGGACGUAACAGACCUUUUGUCUGACAAAUCCAUAAUUCCAAGUAGAUCCCAGUGGAUCCACGAAUACGACAAGCAGGUUCAUCGUACUCUUUACGGACGGUUUCCUACAGGCCCACCAUCGACAACAAAAAGUGCUGUGAUAUCCUACCUAGAGAAAGAAGAAGUAAACGUCAAGGAGAUAAUAGACACCAACUAA